AUGGAUGACAAUGGAGGAAGCAAGGUGACGGGCAUCAGGCAGAUCGUCAGGUUUAAGGAGUUCCUCCAGAAAUGGCAGCACGUCACCCUUGGCCCGAAGCCCGACGAAAGCCCAAAAACGAGCGAGGUCUGUGGAGGCAUCUCGCCCGAGAUCAGCUGGAGGCUGAGGGGCUCCACUGUCCACUGUGACUCGGACGAGGACAGCUGUCAGAGCCUGGAGCUUCCGAACGAUGUCCCAAAAGGGUACCUGGCCGUGUAUGUGGGUCCCGAGCUCCGGAGGUUCAUCAUACCCACUAGCUAUCUCAGUGACCCGCUGUUCAAGGUUCUGCUGGAAAAAGUCGAGGAGGAAUUUGGUUUCGAUCACAGUGGCGGGCUCACGAUCCCUUGCGAUACCGAGACCUUUAAGUAUCUCUUGCAGUGCAUGGAGAAUCACAGGAAAGAGCAAGCCGGUCACGUCAAUGCAGCUGACAACUAG